UUUGAGCUUCCUUUAAUCUUUCUUUUAUUAAAAAAAAAAAGAUUAAUUUUUCAUCGAUCGGUUUCUUCAAUGGCCGCCGCUUCAUCUCUGAGCUCUCUACUGGUUUCUUCCAUGGCACUCACCUCUCCCAUCUUUCAAUCUCAUUGCCUCAAUAACACCACUUGCAAGAGAGGUACAACAAUGGCGGUUUCCUUACAGACUGCAAACAAACCAGUGACACACCAAGAAAAGCCGACAAACAAGCGGCGGCGUGUCGUUGUGACGGGGAUUGGCCUUGUAACGGCGCUCGGUGAGGAUCCGGACGUGUUCUACAACAAUGUUCUUCAAGGCAUUAGUGGCAUAACAGAGAUUGAAAAAUUCGACACUUCUCAGCUUCCAUCUAAAAUUGGUGCUGAGCUUAAGUCAUUCUCCCCGGAAGGUUUUGUUUCAUCAAAGCUUGCAAUGAGAGCUGAUAACUUUAUGCUUUACCUUAUAACCGCCGGCAAAAAAGCCUUGGCCGACGGCGGGAUUUCCGAUGAAGUCAAUGGACAGCUUGAUAAAACUCGAUGUGGGAUUAUUGUUGGCUCUGCAAUGGGAGGUUUAAGGAUUUUCUACGAAUGGUUUGAAAAUAUGUUAAUUCUUUCAAGGAGGCCAAAUCCAUUUAGUGUGCCUAUGGCAGGAAACAACAUGGGUUGCGCAGCACUAGCAAUUGAAUUGGGUUGGAUGGGUCCAAACUACAUAAUUAACGCAGGUUGUGCAACAAGCAAUCAUUCUAUACUUAGUGCAGCUGGUCACAUUAUUGAUGGAAUAACUGACAUGAUGCUUUGUGGUGGUUCCGAUGCCGGAGUUCAUCCAAUAGGUUUGGCAGGUUUCGCGUCAUGCAAAGCUUUGUCUAAGAGGGACUGUGACCCGACCAAAGCUUCAUGUCCUUGGGACACUAAUCGUGAUGGAAUUGUCCUUGGAGAUGGAGCUGGUGUUUUGCUCUUGGAAGAAUUAGAACAUGCCAAGCGAAGAGGUGCAAGAAUUUAUGCCGAGUUUUUGGGUGGAAGCUCUAGUGCCGAUGCGUAUCACUUGACUCGACCGCAUCCCGACGGUAUAGUUCGUUGUAUAGAGAAAGCAUUGGCUAAAGCAGGAGUUGCUAGAGAAGAUGUAAACUACAUAAAUGCACAUGCUCCUUCUACACAAGUUGGGGAUUUGAUUGAAUUUGCAGCCUUGGUCCAUUGUUUCGGCAACAAUAUGGAGUUGAGAAUUAACUCAACAAAGUCCAUGACUGGUCACCUAGCAGGGGCAACAGGUGCUGUGGAUGCAAUUGCUACAAUUAAGGCAAUACAAACUGGGUGGGUACAUCCAAAUAUCAAUCUUGAUAAUCCUGACAAGGCUGUGGACAUGAAUCUACUUGUUGGCUCAAAGAAGGAAAGGUUAAACAUUAAGGUAGCAUUGUCAAACUCCUUCACAUUGGGUGGGCAAAAUUCAUCCAUCUUAUUUGCACCUUUACAAAGUGAAUAAAAGUAACCUUUCCUCACAAUAAUCCAUAAGAAUUUGCAAAUUUAGAUCAAUUAAUUCUUCUCGAACAAUACUUAUUCUGAUAUAUAUAUAUACAUAUAUUUCUCCACUUCGAAAUGAAUCGAAAUCUUUGUAAUUAGAAAGAUCAAUAGGAUAUUACAAUUUCGAGAUUGAAUCUUAUAUUCGAAUGAAACUUAUAAUAUUAAGCAAGUUUAACAAAUACAACUAGUUUACUUAUGUUAGAUAAGCCUUUAUACUUUUUACUAUACUUAAUUAAGCCCAAAAGAUUGAUUUUUUUAUUUAAAUUAGUGUUGUAGGCCAAUUUUGGCCCGUUUACAAAAUACCCAGGCCCAUUAAACCAUUUAACCCAUCCUCAAACCCAAAACCUAAAAUUAACCUA